UGGUGCCCUGUGUCCUUCGGACACAGCGGAUCACCGAUCCACAGAAAGAGCCGAAGAUGUCGGCUCGGUCAUGUGAUCAGCUGUGUCCAAUCACAGCUGAUCACAUGAGAGCCGGACAACGGCAUUCCUCAGAGGGGACAUCUACACUGAUCAUCAGAGCCCUGCUGAUCAUCCCAGCAGUGCCACCUGUCAGUAUCCAUCAGUGCCAUGUGUCAGUGCUCAUCCAUGCCACCUGCCAGUGCCCAUCAGUGCCACAUUUCAGUGCCCAUCGGAGCUGCCUUUCAGUGCCACCUAUCAGUGCUGCCAAUCAGUGCCACCUAUCAGUGCCAGUCAGUCUCGCCUAUCAGUGUGCAUCAGUGCCGCCUAACAGUGCCAGUCAGUGCCGCCUAACAGUGCCAGUCAGUGCCGCCUAACAGUGCCAUAUAUGAGUGCUUCCUUUCAGUGCCCAUCAGUGAUGCCUGUCAAUGCCCAUCAGUG